GGGGGCGCUUUAUCCGCAGGCAACUUCCGGCCGCUGUGGCAGGCUGGAGGCGGGGGAGAAGCGCGCGGCGGGCUCAGUCCCGGGCCGUGACGUUUCCUUCUGGGGCUUGUGGUCUUUGAAGGCUGCCUGUCUGCUCCACUGGGCUUUCGAGAAAUUAGUAGCCAUGCCACCAGGCGCCUUUGCAUUUUUAAACAAUCGGAAAGACUUUUGGUGGAGAACUCUACAUUUACCCUCGUUAAAAGCCCUUUCCAACUGGGACAAGAGGUACUGUGUUCUGAGGUCCAGCCAAUGAGAAGCUGGUGGCUGCUCUGCCUCUGGAUAGAAGGCCGUUGUCUGGGAGGUAUUAAUUUAAUUUUCUGAAAAAGAAGUAGUUCUAACACUCUUUAAAGAAAAAAGAUUCAUUUGCAAUACCCCAAAAUGGUGGUUUUUACAUGUAACGCUUGUGGGGAGUCUGUGAAGAAGGGACAGGUUGAAAAGCAUGUGAACAUGUGUCGUCAUUGCGAAUACCUUUCCUGUAUGGAUUGUGGAAAAGAUUUCUGGGGUGAGAAUUAUAAAUCUCAUAUGAAGUGUGUAAGUGAAGACCAGAAGUAUGGUGGCAAGGGAUACGAAGCCAGAACUCACAAAGGAGAUGUCAAGCAGCAGGAAUGGAUUCAGAAGAUUCACGAAGCAAUAGAAAAACCAAACAUUAACCCAAAAGUUCGAGAUAUCUUACAGCAAAUGUAUAGCUUUGACAAUAUUCCAAGAAAGAAAGGGAAGUUUCAGAACUGGAUGAACAACAGUUUGAAAAUACACAACACAGUUCUACAAGAUCAGGUGUGGGAUAUCUUUUCUGAGGCUACCAAGAAGGGACCAAGUGAAAAAGAGGAGAAGCCACAAGACACAGCUGGAAAUCAGUGUGAAAAAAAUGAAGUUACGCCAACACUAUCUGAAGAGGAUGUAGCAAAAACAGAGGGACUGGCAAAGAAGAAGAGCAAAAGGGAACGAAAAGAGAGACGAAAUGUCAAAAAGGAGAAAAAAGAAUUAAGGCUACAAAGUCAACAGGACAGCUUACAACCUUUAAAAGUCAAAAAGUCUAAGAAAGCAAAAUAUGAGGAAGAGGAUGAGCAGGUAUUUCAGAGCAGGUGUGUGAAGGUGACAAAGCAGAAGCGGCGAGCAAUUGAUGCAGUGGAGCCUGAAAUGAACGGCAGUGGCCUUCAUUCAGAAGAGCCAGCAGGGACCAAGCCCAGGGCCAAGAGAUGCAAGCGCAGCCCCUCGGAAGAAGAGUCUUGCAUCAAAAUAAAAAGAAAGAACUGUCCAGUAAGUGAAGAAAAUGAGAAUGAAUAUCAAGGGAAAUUCAAUUGGAAAGGAACUAUAAAGGCUGUUCUGAGACAAGCGCCUGACCAUGAAAUCUCAAUUAAGAAAUUAAGGAAAAAGGUCUUAGCCCAGUAUUAUGCAGUCACAGGUGACCAACAUAAAUCUGAAGUGGAAAUUCUCGCCUUAUUUAAUAAGAAAGUCAACAGUAAUCCUACAUUUAAAGUUUUAAAGGAAAAAGUUAAACUUCUAAAAUAGCUUUUAUGUUCAAAUGAUCAACUUUUGCACAGUAGGUCCUGUUUUACCAUCAGACAUAAAAAGUGGCUUUCAAUCAUUUUCAUACCUAUGUCAGCAAAAGCUCACUGUGAAUUCUUUUACCUGUCACUUCUAAUGAUAUUUGUUACUUUAAAAAAUGUAUAUUUUUGUAAAAGAACAAAAACUAUUAAAAUUUUGCUUGAGGUA